AUGGCAAAAAAGAAACAAGGAGAAGCUUCAUCAUCAACAACCUCUCCGAACACAUUUCAAAACAAACCAAAGUUUAAAUUACUCAAAGAACAAAUUAAACAACAAAAAGUAACACAGAAAUUGAAUAAGUCUGCUGCAGCAACAACAACAAGUGGAUCAUCGGGUAAAAAGAGUACUUCAUCCGUUAAUAAGACUUCUUCUAUUCAAAUUCCAAUUUUAGAAAUAUCAGACAAAAAUCUAACCGAUGCAUCACCAUCUUCCGAAGAGGAACAAGUGGAAAAUAUUGAUGAAAAUAUUAGGCUAGAUUUAUCGCUUCAAUGUGGCUCAAAAAGUGAAUACGAAUUUGUUUGUAAAACGUGUGGCGGAGAACACGAUGAAGAGAAAUGUACAAACAAUUAUUGUCCUAAUUGCUUGGAAAAACACAAACUUGAAAAUUGUCCUCAUGCUAAGGCAGGCGCCAACGUUUGUGAAUGGUGCAACAAGAAGGGGCAUACACAAGUUAAAUGCCCAAUGAAACAGUAUAUCAUUUCUAAAGAUGACAUUCCAGAGAAUGUGAUUUGUUUUGUGUGUGGAGAGAAGGGACAUUUGAAUUGCUCCACAUCAUACAAGUCAUUCUCAAAUAAGAAAUAUUGUUUUAAUUGUGGGCAGCAAGGACAUUCUGGACUUGAUUGUGAAGAUAUUAAAUUUGAUGACAUUCUUGCAACGUGCUUGAAAGAUCAGAAUUAUUACAUGACUGCUUCUGACAGCUUUCUUGCCAAACGUAUGGUAGAAAAAUACAAGUAUAAUUAA